AAAUAAGAUUUUAUUAGUUUCAUGACACUUUUUUUGCCAGGAAUACUACCACAUGAGAUUGGCUAUCUUCAGAGUCUGCUUACUUUUGCUGUUGAACGGAAUGAGAUUGCGGGCUCAAUUGAUUUCAAUAUUUUCAUGAAUAUGUCUUCUCUGCAAACCUUAGGACUAGGGCGCAACAAAUUCACGGGGAACCUUUCAAGGGAUGUCGGGAAUAUUACCAUGCUAACAAAUUUGGAUCUCCAAGAUAACCAUUUUACAGGUCUUAUUCCCAUUGAAUUUGGCCAACUUUACCAUUUGGAGACAUUAGGACUACUGUUGAACAGCUUGAGUGGUUCGAUUCCACAUGAGCUCUUUAACAUUUCAACUCUUCGGAUUCUUUCACUUGUCGGCAACGCUCUGUCAGGGGUUCUUCCAACCCAUUUAUGCCAUGCCUCUCCCUUUCUUGAAGAACUUCAUCUUGGCCGAAAUUCUAUCACCGGAGCAAUACCCAACUCCAUCUCUAACUGUUCUCAACUCACAAUUCUCUCACUUCCUGAAAACAAAUUCAGUGGUUAUAUACCUACUCAUCUCGGCAACCUAAGGCAUCUCCAAAUUCUUCAACUGUUCAGAAACAAUCUUACCCAGGCACCAUCUUCUUCCUUCAUUACUUCAUUGACAAAUUGCAAGUCUCUAACUAUUUUGUCAAUUGAUGAUAAUCCUCUAAAUGGUGUCAUUCCAGCUUCUGUUGGGAACUUAUCUUCUGCACUUCGAACAUUCACUACCGUGAACUGCAAAUUCAGUGGCAGCAUUCCAGUUGAAAUAGGCAAUUUAAGCAAUUUGAUGGCAUUGGAGUUGUCAGCAAAUGAGUUAUCUGGUAAUAUUCCACUAACUAUAAGCCAUUUGCAUGAACUUCAAGGAUUAUAUGUGUCUUAUAACAUGUUGGGAGGUUCAAUACCACAUGCUAUAUGUGAUCUAUUCCGCCUCGACACUUUAAUUAUGAGCCAGAAUCAAUUUUCAGGCCCAAUUCCUAAAUGUCUGGAAAAUGUCUCUUCUGUAAGAAUUCUUCAUCUACACUCCAAUAUGUUGAAUUCAAGCAUACCUUCAAGCUUAUGGGGCCUAAAAGAUUUGAACUCUCUAGACUUGUCCUCAAAUUCAUUAAAUGGGUUCUUACCACAAGAGAUAAGUAACUUAGGAGCAGCAAUACAUAUAAACCUAUCGAUGAAUCAGUUGUCAAAGUCUAUUCCUAGCACUAUUGGGAAGUUGCGGAAUUUGAUUAAUUUGUCUUUGGCAAAUAAUAGACUAGAAGGUUCUAUUCCUGUGUCAAUGGGAAGCAUGAUCAAUUUGGCAAAUCUCGAUUUGUCAUACAACAACCUCUCUGGUUCAAUUCCAAAGUCUUUAGAAGCACUUCAACACCUCGACUACUUUAAUGUCUCUUUCAAUAGUUUAAGUGGAGAAAUUCCUAAUGGAGGUUCUUUUAGAAACUUCACUAUGGAUUCUUUUAAGGGUAAUGAGGCAUUGUGUGGAAUCCCCAAGUUCCAUGUCCAAAUUUGCUCUUCAAUUUCUAAUCACACAUCAAAGAGAAACAAGGUGGAACGAGCUUCAUUUAUUGUUUUCGGGGUUGUGGCUUUCAUCUCAAUUGUUUCUUUGGCCUUUAUAAUUGUCAAAAACAAACGGAAAGAUAAGAUGACUAGAGAAGUUGAUGAGUCGAUAUUCAUUGUGCCGGAAAGAAUCUCUUAUUAUGAACUGCUACAAGCAACGGAAAGAUUCGAUGAAAGCAAUUUACUUGGCACUGGGAGUUCUUGCUCUGUUUAUAAAGGAAUUCUUAACAAUGGGAAGGAUAUUGUUGUCAAGGUGUUUAAUAUGCAGCUAGAAGGUAUUUCAAGAAUAUUCGAUGUCGAAUGUGAGAUACUACGUAGCAUUCGACACAGGAAUCUGACAAGCGUCAUAAGCAGUUGCUCCAAUGAAGUGUUCAAGGCAUUAGUACUUGAAUAUAUGCCAAAGGGAAACCUUGAAAAAUGGUUAUAUUCCUACAAUUAUUGCUUGAAUAUGAUGGAAAGAUUGAAUAUAAUGAUUGAUGUUGCAUCUGCUUUGGAGUAUCUUCACCACGGUUAUUCAAUGCCCAUUGUCCACAGCGACUUGAAGCCUAGUAAUGUGCUGUUAGAUGAAGACAUGGUUGCCCAUGUAAGCGACUUUGGGAUAGCAAAGUUGUUAUGCGAUGGAGAUAGCUUUGCGUUAACCAACACGCUAGCAACAUUGGGUUACAUCGCUCCAGAGUAUGGCUUGGAAGGGCUAGUUUCAACAAGGUGUGAUGUGUAUAGCUACGGGGUGAUGUUGAUUGAAACUUUUACGAGAAAAAGGCCUAGUGAUGAUAUGUUUUGCGGAGAUAUGAACUUAAAGAGAUGGGUAGAACUCUCACUUUCGGAGAUCCCAGAUGAAGUGAUAGAUGCCAACUUAGUCAUGAAUUUGGAGGAAGAAAUGAUUGACAAGAAUAUGCAGUGUGUAUCAUCCAUACUUGAAUUGGCUCUUAAAUGCUCUGCGGACUCUCCCGGGGAUAGAAUCAACAUGAAACAAGCACAUGCAGAGUUGCAAAAAAUCAAACAUCGAUUUUCCCAAUGAGAUUCAAUGUUGAAGAUUUUGAAGAGGCAGUAGAUGCUAUUAGGGUGAGGCACUGGAUAGUUGUGAGGUGGAUGACAUAGAGAACGGAAAAUUUGGCCUGGUCCUUUUGUUGGUUUUUGCUAUCAUUGAUAAUUCAGUUCUUCUUGUUUCUGCUUUUUGUUCUUGUUGUAAUAAACGAGUACUCUUUUUCCUUUAAUAGUGAUUUUCCCAUUAAAUUUUCGCCAUAAAGGUUUUAAUGAUGUUCGACCCUUAGUUAGUGUCUUUGUGC